GCGGAUGGAACCCUCAGAGACCUUUAGGACCCCGGGGGUGCCCCACGGGCCGCCCGAACGCCUAAACUCGUGCCGCGACCCGGGCGCGGGUCAUGGACCCGGGACCAGCCGACCGCCGCGAGGUCCCCGAGGUGGCCUCGCCCGCGCCGCCGCCGUUCGUGCGCGUCGCCCCCUCGCUGUUCCUCGGGACUGCACGCGCCGCGGCCGCGCCGGAGCUGCUGGCACGCGCGGGAGUCACCCUGUGCGUCAAUGUUUCGCGCCAGCAGCCCGGCCCGUGCGCGCCCGGCGUGGCCGAGCUGCGCGUGCCCGUGUUCGACGAUCCGGCCGAGGACCUGCUGGCUCACCUGGAGCCCACCUGCGCCGCCAUGGAGGCCGCGGUGCGCGCCGGCGGCGCCUGCCUGGUCUACUGCAAGAACGGCCGCAGCCGCUCGGCCGCAGUCUGCACCGCUUACCUCAUGCGGCACCGCGGCCUCAGCCUGGCGGGGGCCUUCCAGGUGGGGCGGGCGGUCCAGACGGUGAAGAGCGCCCGCCCAGUGGCCGAGCCCAAUCCGGGUUUCUGGACUCAGCUGCAGAAGUACGAGGAGGCUCUGCAGUCCUUGCCCCGCCUGUCUAUGGAGCCCGCGGGACCGUGCUCUGGAACGGGAGAUGAGCUCCAGAAUGAGCCCUAGCCCUUCAGUCCCUGGAGAGGAGCCAGCCCCGAGUGCGGGGCGCAUGGAAUUGGAGGUAGUUGAAGCGCCGACCAGAGGGGGUCUUUGUCCUCCUUCCUGUGGCACAGAAUUUUCAUUUUCUGCUUCUUCCUGAAAUGCCGCUCAAGCCCGUUUGACAGUACUGUGGGAUUGUGUCCUCUGAAGAGGGGACUGGAAACGUCCCUUCCUCAGUCAGCAGUUUUACCAGACAGGGCUUCGGUCAAGAAAAUCAAAACCAUGUGAGGAAUUUUAGGCAGAAAGGUAUUUAAUACACAGAGCAAGGCCAGGGAGCCAAGGUCAGAAGGUAGGAAAGUACAGGAGUCAGGGAGACCCCUUUCCUCUCCCCAGUCCUGGUUGCCUGUCACUCUGAUGUGGAGGAGGACACCAGCUCUGCUGGCAAAGCCUGUGCUUGCCACCUGUUGGAGCCAUAGGGCUUGCCCCAAAUCUCACCUGGUCCCAUCAGAAUCCAGCAUGGGACCCAGGCCUGGAAAUGCUGCAACAGAGGCCAGGAUGUGAGGCUGCAUGGCGACAACCCAGCACCUGUGCCUGCCUCCAGCUGUACUGACCUCACAGCUUCCAUAACAGCACCAAGCCCUGGCCUCAUGUCACAGUUGCACUCACCACCUGUGCAUCUGAGCCUGUGGCUUCAGACACAUCUCACCUGCAUCCUGGGAUCUACAGGCUGUCCUAGAGAAGUAAUCACCAUCGACACCCUUAAUUAAAUAAGAUGGGGGGGGGGGACGGAAACCGGGUUACAAUAUGAAUUACAGAUAAUACAGCCCCUGGUUAAUAUAUGCCUCCCUAUACACAUCAAGGUAAUUAAUAAAAUAUCGUAAUUAGUGUUUAUUGUUUCCCA